CAAAUCUCGGCCAUAAAAAGUGGAAACAUUUCGUCAACAAAAUUUUGGAUUUUGGCUACAAAACGUGCAAAACAUUUCGUAAAAUCAACGAAACAACCCAAAUUCUGCGCAAUUCCAUUUCGCACACAUAACCAAACAGAAACACGCAGCAAUUAGCACACAAUGGCACGCGGACAUCAGAAGAUUCAGUCACAGGCGAAGGCGGCCGACAAGCAGGCAAAGAUGAAGAAGCAACAGGGCCACAGUGCCACCGACCAAAAGAAGGCAGCCCAGAAGGCGCUAGUCCAUGUGUGCGCUGUUUGCAAGUCGCAAAUGCCCGAUCCCAAGACGUACAAACAGCACUUUGAGAAUAAGCAUCCCAAGAACGAUAUGCCCGAGGAGCUUAAGGAUGUCUGAGACGACGCGAAACGAGGCAAAUUUCAACGACGAGUUGCCUACCAGUACGAAAUCUUUGCAACAAUUAAUUUACAUCAACAUCAACAACCAGAGCAACAGCAAUCAGCCGAACCAAAUGAGAUCUUAAUGGGAGACGCCAACAACGACUUAUUGCCAAUAAAGGAAACGCAGCUGAAUUUUUUGUAUACAUACUGCUAACAUUUUGAAUUUGGUUUAGAUAUUUCUUUAACUUAGGAUUGGAGAUUGGCCACAAUCUUUGCGUCAUGCCACGCCACGACACGCCGCUCGUGACGGUGUUUGGCAAUUGUUUAAAUGAUAAAACUAUACAAUACAAGACACAAAAAACACAACCAAGCACAUAGCAUAA